AAAGAUAUCAGGCCUAGAAAUGAACGCGAUCAGAGCCAGAGACAUUGUUGACGACCCGCGCCUGGUGGCCCCGAAUCCGUACCUUAACUUUUUGCGCUACCUCAAGCGCAAGAAGCCUCGCUACGGCCUCAGGCGGCUCCUGCAGGAGGCGCCCGCUCUCUGGGAGACGCUGACAGCGGCCCAGCGGAGGCUGUUCGAACAAGAUCGCAUCUUGGCACGCAUCAUUCGGCGCACGAUUGCCAGGCGUCGUCAUCGCCGUCGUCGGCUGCUGCGCCGCAAUCUGCGCCACCCCCGGCACGGACAUGCUCAGGUACGACGACCCAUCUACAACAGGCGCCGACCGCCCAGGCGCCGAGGCAGAUUAAGAAAAUAGUGAAGGAGGAAUAGGAGAAGUCCCUCUUCCCUGCGUUGGCUUUCUUUCUCUUUUGCCGCCAGUUCAAGUUCCAGUUUAAAUUUAACUUUUUGUGCUUCUGCCUCUGCUUCUGCUCGUGCUGCUGCCGACUGACUGACCCACUAGCGGCCACGCAUAGAACUAAUUAGCUGGUAAUACGAGCUCAGAGCAGCCAGGGGUCAAGCGUCGCCACGUCGAGCCAAAUAACCUUACCAAAGUCCCAUUGUCACCUGGCAACCGGCAACAGCAGUUUUCUGAGGCCCGAGACCACCUGCCACCUGCAAUUGCUGCUUUUUUUUCAUAAUCAAAACGCGGAGGCGUGGGCUGCUGCUGCUGCUGCCGCUGCCGAGUGAAUAUGCAAACACUCUGCCAUCACUUUCACUUUUGCACUCUUUAUUGGAGAGCUGGAGAGGACCCGGAGGAGACCAAGCACUUCCGGUCGCUCCUUCCUAUCUGUUGAAUGCUUUUAUUGUCCAGUGAACAAAUUUGGCCUUUUACUUGGCGAUUGUCUUCUCGCCUCCUGGGAAACCACUCAACAAUUGUUAUAUAUUUCAAAAGCACAUACAAAA